GAAAUUAGAAGAAGAGGAAGAAGGAUGUGUUAUAUAGCCUGCCACAAAUUAUUAUUUGUAUAAGAGGAACUCUAAACUGCUGAUUAAGAGCUUUGAACUGUGGACAGAAGCAUUACAACCCUUAGUAUACAGCUGGAUGGAAAUUAUUAGGUGAAAGUUACAUCAGUGGAUUCCAGUGAGCUUUUGGAGCAGUUAGUCAUCGACACACAUACAGGAAAACAUAAGAUGCCCCCUAAGGCCAAGGCAGCAGGCAAGGGCAGAGCACCAGCUAAAAGGAAUCUGGCAGAGGAGUUCCCACCUGGAGAAGUCCUCACUGACACCAGGAAGAAGGCCUGGAAACUGGGGAUCCCAAUCGGCCAGGGAGGGUUUGGUCUCCUUUAUUUAGCUAAUGAAGAUUCUGCAAAAUCCGUCGGUGCCGAUGCUCGCUAUGUCAUCAAAGUGGAGCCCAGUGAAAAUGGACCACUGUUCUCUGAGCUUAAGUUUUACAUGCGAGCUGCAAAGCCUGAUCUAAUUCAAACCUGGAUCAAGUCUCACAAGCUGAAACACCUGGGAGUUCCCAGGUACUGGGGCUCAGGUCUGCAUGAGAAAGGAGGGAAAAGGUACAGGUUCAUGGUUAUUGACAGGCUUGGCACAGAUCUACAGAAGAAGUUUCAAGAAUGUGGAAAGAGGUUCUCCAGAAAACUGGUUCUGCAGCUCGGCCUUCGUCUGCUGGAUAUUCUGGAGUUCACCCAUGACCAUGAGUAUGUGCACGCAGACAUUAAAGCAUCCAACCUCAUGUUGAGCCACAGUGAUCCCAACCAGGUUUACUUAGUAGAUUAUGGACUGGCAUACAGGUACUCACCCGACGGUGUCAACAAAGAGUACAAGGAAGACCCCAAGAGAUGUCACGAUGGUACCAUCGAGUUCACAAGCAUUGACGCCCAUAAAGGAGCAUCUCCUUCUAGACGGAGUGACCUGGAGAUCCUGUGGUACUGUAUGGUCCAGUGGUUGUGUGGCCAACUGCCAUGGGAGGACAAGCUGCAGGACCCCCUCUAUGUCAGAGACUCCAAAAUCAAGUGUCAAGAAAACAUCUCCCAGUUUAUGAUCAAGUGCUUCUCUACACAAGACAAGCCAGAUGAAAUCCAGAAAUUCAUGGAGGAGGUUAAGUCUCUGGGAUACCAAGACAGGCCGCCCUACGAGAAGCUGCGCUCCAUCCUGCAGACCGGACUGAAGACCAUUCACACUAAAGAUGAUGGCAAGCUUGAGUUCACCUCAGUCAAUGGAACGGUGGCACCGCCUACUAAGAAGGUGACCAAGAGAAAAAAAGCAGAUGAAGAGAGUGAGACUGAGACUGAGGAAAGUUCCCCAAAGAAAAAGAGAGCUACGAAGACAAAAGAUACGAAUGGUGUGAAAAGUCCCAAAAAGACUCCCAAACCAAGAAAGGCAGCCAAAACUGGAAAACAGGGUGACCCCAAAUCCAGACUGGUGGAGACGGGAACCCAGACUACACCUGGACUCGCCCAGAAAUCAAGAGGCAGACCCAAGAAAAGAAACGAUUAAACAUUCACCUCUGUGCACUCCGUCUAUCCUCUGUAAAAUCAUUAAAAAACUAUUUUAGGGUAUGAUUUUUUUACCUAAUCCAACUGAUGAAUAUGGUUGUAUUUUGGGUGAUUGAAGUUAGAAUCAUUGAAAUAAAGAACAAAUAAAAUCGUUCUUCUGUUUUAUUUUUUUUAAAUUGAUGUAUUUGUCCAUGAGGUCAGGUUAUUAUAGUCAUUCUAAGACCUAUGAGGUCACUUUGUCAGUGUUGUAUAUUCAGAACACAGUCAGUAUAAUAUGAAUGAUUUGCUUUAUUGUCCACUGACAACACAAAAUAAAGACAAGGGUGUUUUUCUUUCA